CAAAACUAACAGUCGAGCUUUUUAAUGCAGCGUGGAAACUUCUAAACAUUCAGGUUUCACUAAAAAUCAUGCAUUCUAAUCUAAAAAGACUAACCGCAAACAAAGCGUGUGUGAAACCAGCAACACAGACCACUAUCAGCAGGUUCUUCAUCAGUGCAGGUAAUAAAGCAGAGGAGGUGGAAGAAGCAGGGAUUAACUGUACUGAUCAACCAAAGCUAAACAGAGGAAAGAAGAGGUCAUUGGGGGCAUUGCCUGGUAAAAGUGAAUCUGUAGAGAAACGGCCCAAAGUCCUUAAUGAUGGGGAAGAGUUUGAGAAGGAGGAGAAGGCUCAGACGAGCUCAAACUGCUACAACAGCACUAAAUCAGAUGAAAGAGCAUCUACCUCUAGAAGUAGUCUUUCCUCCUCUACACUGGAGAAGCUGCAAGGAUUCAGCUGCAGUGCAGCCAGUGAGAGCAGAACUCCAGAUCAGAAGGUUAAGAUGGAGUUAGAACUGGUGAGCACAGUGACAGAUGCACAAGUCCAGAUUAAGGAGGAGAUUGAGGAAGAGUCUGCACGAAACAAACAUCCGUUUAACUUGAGUCAGUUUGCUAAAGCCAACAGCGCUGUUGGUGUUUCUAAGAAGAGUCCCUCAGAAACUGCAGGUCCUAACAGAAGGACCAAGAGUAUCUACACUCCUCUGGAACAGCAGUUCAUGGAGAUCAAGGAGCAAUACAAGGACACAAUACUUUGUGUGGAGUGUGGCUACAAGUACAGGUUCUUUGGUGAGGACGCAGAGAUUGCAGCAAAAGAGCUAAACAUCUAUUGCCAUAUGGAUCAUAACUUCAUGACGGCCAGCAUUCCUACUCACCGCCUGUUUGUGCAUGUUCGCCGUCUGGUCUCUCAGGGUUACAAGGUAGGAGUGGUGAAGCAGACAGAAACAACAGCAAUCAAAGCCUCCAGCGCCAACAAGAGCUCCCUCUUUACACGGCAGCUCAGUGCACUUUAUACCAAGUCUACACUGAUUGGGGAAGAUGUGAACCCCUUGUUAAAGCUAGGGGACUUGGAGCAAGCUGAAGAUAUUGUGCAGGACACACCCAACAGCUACCUGAUGUGUGUGAGUGAGACCUGGGAAAAGCAGAGUAAAGAUCUGACUGUGGGCUUGGUGGUGGUCCAGCCCAGUGUAGGGGAUGUGAUGGUGGACUGUUUUAAAGAUAACAUAUCUCAUUCAGAGCUGGAGGCCAGAGUGCUGAGGAUCCAACCUGUGGAAAUCCUUGUACCCUUCAACCUGUCUGAGACUACAGAGCGCCUCCUGCACACCAUUGCUUUGUCAAGUGUCCAGGCAGAUGAUCGCAUCCGUAUCGAGAAGCGGGACAGCACCCAGUUUGAAUACCCCACCGCUAUGAUGACUGUCAAAAACUUUUUCACCAACAUGACAUCAGAAAACAGUAAAAACGAUUCCUGUUCUUUCUUUUUAAACCUGGAAAGCCCGGUUAUCUGCAGCCUGGGGCCGGUGAUCCAGUAUCUGACUGAGUUUAAGCUAGAGAAGGUUCUGCUCAGUUCCAGUUCAUUUAAGAGGCUGACGAGUGACGCGGAUCACAUGACAUUCAGUGCCACCACCAUAAAGAACCUGGAGAUUUUCUGUAACCAGACCACAGGCACAGUGAAGGGCAGCUUGCUCUGGGUUCUGGAUCACACCCACACUCCAUUUGGAAAGAGGCUGCUAAGGAAAUUGCUCAGCCAGCCCCUCAAGUCUGCAGCUGAGAUCUUGUCUCGUCAGGAAGCAGUGGCAGAGAUCCUGUCCUCAGAGUCCACAGCGUUGCCCUCCAUUCAAGCCCUUCUUACCCGCCUGCCUGACCUAGAGAGAGGCCUCUGCAGCAUCUAUCAUAAGAAGUGUUCCACUCAGGAGUUCUACCUCAUCAGCAGCACGCUGUCUCGAUUAAGCACUGAGUUACAAGCACUUGUACCUGCUGUCCAGUUACAGCUUAGCUCCGCCCUUUUAAAGAACCUCAUCCUGGACACGCCCCAGCUCUUGAGCCCCACCCACAAUUUUCUCAAAGUGCUCAAUGAGAAAGCUGCCAAGACAGGCAAUAAAACCGAGCUGUUUGUGGAUUUGACGGAUUUUCCUGUGAUCCAGAAAAGGAAAGAUGAGAUUCAGAGUGUGAUUUCAGAGAUUUUGGAGCACCGUAAAGAAAUACGUCGCAUCCUUCGAAACCCUUCACUGGACUACACCACCGUGUCUGGACAAGAGUUUCUCAUUGAGGUGAAGAACAGCAUGUCGUCUAUUGUCCCAUUAGACUGGGUUAAAAUCAACAGCACUAAGGCAGUGGGUCGCUACCACUCUUCGUUUAUCGUGGAACGAUACCGGCAUCUGCUGCUGCUGCGUGAACAACUGGUGAUCGACUGCGGCCGGGAGUGGCUCAACUUCCUCCAGCUGUUUGGAGAGCAUUACUACAUCCUGAAGAAAGCAGUGGGUCACCUAGCAACCAUUGACUGCCUCUUCUCAUUGGCCCAGGUUGCUAAAGAGAACAAUUACUGCCGGCCAGAGAUUGUGGAGCAAGACUGUCACAUAGUGAUCAGAGAAGGCAGACAUCCAGUCAUAAGCAUGCUGAUGGGUGAACAGGAUCAGUAUGUGCCCAAUGACACAGAGCUCCAGGGUGAGGAAAAGCGAACCAUGAUCAUUACUGGACCCAACAUGGGUGGAAAGAGCUCCUACAUUCGACAGGUUGCUCUCAUUACCAUCAUGGCUCAACUGGGAUCCUUUGUACCAGCCAGGGAGGCAUCGAUUGGCAUUGUGGAUGGAAUGUUUACCAGGAUGGGAGCCUCAGACAAUAUCUCCAGAGGUAGAAGCACAUUCAUGGAGGAGCUGAUGGAGGCCUCAGAGAUCCUGUCCCGUGCUACACCGCGGUCUUUGGUAAUCCUAGAUGAGCUGGGUCGUGGCACCAGCACACACGAUGGCAUCGCGAUCGCCUACGCCACCCUAGAGUUCUUGAUCAGAGACAUGAAGUGUUUGACCCUGUUUGUGACCCACUACCCUCCACUCUGUGAGCUUGAGAAGCUCUACCCCCAGCAUGUUGGCAACUACCACAUGGCUUUCCUCCUCAACGAGCCAGAAGCUACAUCUGAAGAGGAGGUGCAGCCAGAGUCCAUCACUUUUCUCUAUCAGCUCACAGAAGGAGCAGCAGCUCGGAGCUACGGGCUAAACGUAGCGCGACUGGCUUGUAUACCUGAAAGCAUCCUCAAAACCGCUGUGCAGAAGUCCAAAGAGCUGGAGGCCAUUAUCAACCGCCGCAGGCAAACGGUGAAGCUGCUUUCUGAAGCUUGGAAAAUUACUAACAAGGAAUCAUUGCUUGAGUGGAAAAAGUUCACACUUUAAUUGGGGCUAAUCCUAAUGCUUUUCACAAUUAUGUAUUUGCUGUGACUAAUUUUUACAACUGUUAACUGCAACUACCCCUGUCUGAGCAUUCACCAUCCAGUGCUCUAGCAGGAAAUCGAUUGUGCUUAAUUAAAGGUUCACUUGUGCAUAGAGAGUAAAAAACAAUGUAUAAUAGCUAUAGUAGUGGUCUAUAGAAUUGUUAAUUAUGAAAUUAAACAUGCUUGGGUUUUUCUAA